CAUCUUUCCAACCAGCUCUUUUGCUUCCAACCUCAACAAAGCUAAACCCCCGCUUCGCACGCACCAUGGCCGAGACGUUGACUCCCGAAGUUCUCUGGGCCCAGCGCUCCUCUGUGUCCGACGCCUCCAAGAACUUCAUCUACCUGACCAUCUCCGUCCCCGACGUCCCCAAAGAAGACCUCAAGCUCGACCUGAAGCCCACCAGCGUCACCUUCACCGGCACCUCCGCCACCCUCAAGAAGACGUACCAUGUCGAGCUUGAGCUGUACGCCGAGAUCGACCCCGCCGAGAGCCGCGUCAACCACACUGCCAAGAACAUCGAGAUGAAGCUGCAGAAGAAGGAGCUCAAGGAGGAGUACUGGCCGCGGUUGCUCAAGUCUUCCCAGAAGCUGCAUUUCCUCAAGACCGACUUUGACAAGUGGGUUGACGAGGAUGAGCAGAACGAGGCCGCUGAUGACGAUUUGUCCAAGUUUGGCGACAUGGGCGGCAUGCCCGGAAUGGGUGGUGACUUUGGCGGCAUCGAUUUCUCCAAGCUGGGAGGCGGCGCCGGCGGCAUGCCCGACAUGAGCGGCAUGGGCCUGGAGGGCAUGCCCGAGUACAGCAGCUCCGGAAACCCCGACUCCUCUGACGACGAUGACGACGACGAGAUGCCCGGGCUCGAGGGCGAGGAGGAAAAGAAGGCCGAGGAGGAGAAGAAGGACGAGGGCGAGGCCGCACCCAAGGCGUAAAAGCAGAUUUCUUGGGAGGGGGGCGCCAUCAUCCAUUUUUAAAUGAGAUACACCUGGAAACGGAAUCCU